UGCCUCAUUUUUCCUUUUCUUCCGAGGUUUCAUGUUAAUCCAUGAUGUGUUGCUAAGAAUAGCAAGCAAAGAUUGUGUCUUGUAAGAGAGAAAAUAUCCUAUGGGCAACUGCCUAGAUUCUUCAGGAUCAAGAGUCCCAAAAUUUUCCAUCAGAACCGAGCGUUCAUCAGCUCCUUCCAGUCUGACCAUUCAAUCUUUCAGUGACAAGAGCAAUGCUUCAAGUGAAAUAUUAUCAUCUCCAAAUCUGAAAGCCUUAACUUUCAAUGAGCUAAAGAACAGCACCAGAAAUUUCCACCCGGACAGUUUUCUUGGUGAGGGACGAUUUGGUUAUGUUUUCAAAGGAUGGAUUGAUGAAUACUAUUGUUUAGCUGCAAAGCCGGGAUCAGGAAUGGCUAUUGCUGUCAAAAAGCUUAAAUCUGAGCGUUUCCAAGGCCACAAGAAGUGGUUGAAUGAAGUUAAUUAUAUUGGCCAACUUCAUCAUCCAAAUCUGGUUAAGCUAAUUGGGUACUGUCUCGAGGGUGAGAACCGGCUUUUGGUCUAUGAGUUCAUGCCUAAAGGGAGUUUAGAGAAUCAUCUAUUUAAAAGAGGGCCACAAGGUCCACAAUCACUUUCCUGGGAAAUAAGGAUCAAAGUGGCCAUUGGUGCUGCUAGAGGGCUCUGUUUUCUUCAUGAGGCCAAACCACACGUCAUAUAUCUUGACUUCAAGGCUUCUAAUAUCCUAUUAGAUGCGAUAUGCUAAAUUAAGAGCAAGCCAAUGGUUAUAUUUAGGAAUUGGCUUGGGU